AUGACACCAGUCUCAUUCAUGAAGCCCCCCAGAAUAGAAGAGGUCCCACGAGACAUCGCAGCCUCAUAUGUCGACGCUUACUUCCAGAACUUGCACUCUGUGUACCCCUUCCUCGACCAACGAGACUUCAGAAAUAGAGCAUUGGGGCCGAAUAUUAGGGAGCUACUGAAGGCUAACCCAGCGUUCUCUGCUCUAUAUCACACGGUGCUUGCCUUAGGCUGUCAAUACCAUGAAGGUGGCACUUGGGAGCCAGGAAAGGGGGAAGCCUGGAAGCUCUUCCAGGUCGCCCUCGGUCUAAUUGCGGAUAUUCUAUUACCCCGGGAGCAUUUAAUAGGGCUUCAGGCUCUCGUGGCUAUGUCAAUCUUCGCCAUGAACACAUGCUGCCUCCAAAUCGAUGAGGUCCUGAUCACGGAAGCUGCUCGUAUGGCUCAAGGCCUUCGUUAUCACAAGUCUAUCGGAAACGAAGAAGAGCCAUAUACGGCAACUUGUAGGCGCACCUUUUGGGUCAUUUACUACAUGGAAAAGCACAUGUGCUUCCAUGGUCAAGUCAAUUCUAUCAUCGCAGACUAUGACAUUGGCUGUCCCGUCCCGGAUGCCCCAGAGGCCAUGUACGGAGAAUUCAACUGGUUUCUAUCCACCAUCCGCUUCAGCCGCAUUCUCUCUCAAGCCUAUGCUUCUCUGUUCUCCGUAAGCGCCACUAUGAACUCCCUGGAAUCUUAUUACUCUGCCAUCGACCAGAUCGAAGGCCGCCUUGAGCGCUGGAGAGUGGCAAUCCCAGAGAAUUUCAGGCCGGGUCUACAUCCACAAUUCGUCACCUUUUCAGACCCCGCCACGAAAAUGCCAGCAAUUGCGAAUGAAUCCUCUCCGAGGACAGAAGAGAACAAGCGUACACUUAUGAGGGCAGCAAGGAUGGUCAUCGAGUUGAUACAAUUUGUGGAUACCGCACCACAUACACCAAUCUUUAUCCUCUCUAUUAUGCCGCUUGUGGCGAUCUUUAUCCUAUUUGACUUCGUGGUACACAAUCCGAGACAUGCGGAAACAAGGGAUAACCUCUCGCUCCUUGAAGUCGCAGCUGGGCACUUCAGUUUACAGGAGUAUAAAUCAAAGGGAGUAAUGCCCUCUUCCCUUGUUGGUGAAUUUUCCCACAUUGCGCGACAAUAUGUGCGAGAUGUCGAGGUUAAGGCCCAGGCACAAUCGGCCAUGCCCUCCCGCCAGGCUGAGGGAACCAUAGGGGAGCCUGUAGGGGCAGUUGUGCGAGGAAUGGUGAAUAAUUUGAAUGGGCAGCUCGCCCUAGGAAACCGAGAAGGCAACCCAGGCUCCGAUUACCUUGGCGAAUGGGACGGACCAAGCGACUUCUUAUGCUAUCCUGUCAUACCGGAAAACCUGGGGCAAGCUUCAGAAGACAACCCAACCCUCGCUGGAUAUGAUCUCCGUGCUCUUUUUGGCUCUGUCAUUCCCGAAGUCUACCUUCCAGAUGGAGCAACGGGAGAGGUGGUCGUUACUGAUCCGCUGUUUGGCCCUACUCCCCUUGGUUAA